GAAUUGUUAGUGAGGGCCACAGAAUUGUUACUUAGGGCCACAGAAUUGUUACUCAGGGACAGACACAGAAUUGUUACUGAGGGCCACAGAAUUGUGUUACUUAGGGCCACAGAAACGUUAGUUAGGGCCACAGAAUUGUUACUGAGGGACCACAGAAUUGUUUUACUUAGGGCCACAGAAACGUUAUUAGGGCCACAGAAACGUUACUCAGGGCAGACACAGAAUUGUUACUGAGGGCCACAGAAUUGUUACUUGAGGGCCACAGAAUUGUUACUUAGGGCCACAGAAUUGUUACUCAGGGACACAGAAUUGUUACUGAGGGCCACAGAAUUGUUACUUAGGGCCACAGAAUUGUUUACUUAGGGCCACAGAAUUGUUACUCAGGGACACAGAAUUGUUACUGAGG